CGGAAGCUCAUUGUAAUCAGAAAACCAGAAGAAGAAGAAGAAGCGAACCCGCGAGACGAGACUCAGGAACAAACAUGUGCAAUUAAUAACAAAAAGCGUUAUUAAUAUGAUCAGUUAUUGUUUUUACACUCUAAAUGAAACGCAUCUAAAACGUAAUGCGUGAUUUCGCGAAGACGCGCGCGACGUCAUAACACGAGAAACCAACCCGAAGUUUAAAUGUGUGAAUUGUUUUAGCUGCUUCGUCGUUCGGGAGGAAAAAGUGGAAUAAAAUGGACGAAAUCGUGAUGGAAUCGGACCCGGCCGAUGUUUGCGCCUCUGCCCCGCAGCUGCAGGUCGGUGAGGCGUGGGAGACCGUCACUGCAGCCCUGAUGUCUCCCGGCUGCUCGGUGCCGGAGCAGAGCCUCUCGGACUCCUUGGUGCUGCUGUGUGCUCGCGGUCUGGGCCGGCUGCUGGGCGGCUGGCUGCUGGAGACGCUGCAGAUGCGUCUGUCCUCCUCUGUGGUCCCCGAGUUCUGGUCCGGACUGAAGCAGCCGGAGAACGAGCUGGAGGAGCGAGGCCGGGCCUGGGUUCUCCUCAGCGCCUUUCGGACUCUGUUGAGCCGCCUGGAACCGUUCCUGGGUGGUCUGGAGACGUUGGGGACGUGGCAGCAGGAGGGUCGCAGCAGUCUCUGUGGCCCCGGGCCCAGGGGCCUCCAGGAGCUGGCCUUCACCAUCAUCCGGGCCCUGCUCCUCUUCUCGCCCGCCCCCGUCCUCCAGGAGCGAGUGCUGGAGUUCUACAGCAGGACCUUCUCCGUCUACAUGAACCAGCAGGGGGAGGCGGAGGACGGGGCCGAGGCUCCGGACGAGGGAGGAUCCUGCCGGGGCUGCGGGGUCCCGACGCAGCGGUGCUGGUGUCAGGAGGCGCUGGAGCAGCUGCAGGAGCUCAGCCACAUUCUGUCCAAACUGCAGCUGCUGGAGUGGGUCAGCUCCGAGGCCGUCACCUCCAUCCUCCACCGGCUCAUCGAGCAGCGGAUGGAGCAGCACUGCCGCGGAGAGUACGAGCGCUCCUUCCUGCUGGAGUUCCAGGAGUGGCUCGAGCUGGUGUUGGGCUGGCUGAGUAAAGUGUUUGCGAGCGAGGCGGAUGAAGAGAGUCCGGUACCCGCUCCCGGCGUUCCCAACUCCCCAGCCGUUCCCGGCACUCCCGGCGUUCCCAGCAUGCAAGGCAACCAGCCGGCCAGCUCCGUCCUGAAGCAGUGGAGGUGCCACAUGCACCAGUUCUUCUGCCGGAUCUACGUCAACAUGAGGAUCGAGGAGCUCUUCAGCAUCAUCAGAGAUUUCCCAGAGUCUAAAGCUGCUAUUGAAGAUCUGAAGUUUUGUCUGGAGCGAACCAACCAGCGACAGCAGCUCCUCACUUCACUCAAAUCUGCCUUUGAGAGCCGCCUGCUGCACCCAGGAGUUCACACCUCCGACAUCCUCACCGUUUACAUCUCGGCCAUCAAGGCCCUCAGAGAGCUGGACCCAUCCAUGGUCAUCCUGCAGGUCGCCUGCCAACCGAUCCGCAAGUACCUCAGGACUCGGGAGGACACGGUGAGGCAGAUCGUAGCCGGACUCACCGGAGACGCCGAGGGCUGCACGGACCUGGCCUCCGAGCUGUCCAGAGGAGACCCGGUCACUCUGGAGAUGCAGGACAGCGACGAAGAAGGCAACGACCCAGAGGACUGGACGCCAGACCCGACCGACGCCGUCCCCGAUAAAAUGGGCUCCAAACGUCGUUCGUCAGACAUCAUCAGCCUGCUGGUCAGCAUCUACGGCAGCAAGGACAUCUUCAUCGACGAGUACCGAGCGGUGCUGGCCGACCGGCUGCUGCACCAGCUCAACUACAACACUGCCAGGGAAAUCCGUAACGUGGAGCUGCUGAAGCUCCGCUUUGGGGAGUCUCACAUGCAUUACUGCGAGGUCAUGUUAAAGGACAUGGCCGACUCCCGGAGGAUCAACAGCAACAUCCGCGAGGAGGAGUCGAGGCUGAGCGAGGAGGAGCAGCCGCCGCUGUCCCUGUCCUCCAUCAUCCUGUCCUCCGAGUUCUGGCCGCCGCUGAAGGAGGAGAAGCUGGAGCUCCCUCCGCUCGUGUGCCAGGCCAUGGAGGCGUACACACACCGCUACGAGAAGCUCAAGGCCAUGAGGACGCUGAGCUGGAAGCCUCACCUGGGCUCGGUCACUCUGGACGUGGAGCUGGAGGACCGCACCCUCUCCAACCUCACCGUCUCCCCCAUCCACGCCGCCAUCAUCCUCCACUUCCAGGAGAAAAGUUCCUGGACUCUGGAGGAGCUGAGCGUGAAGCUGGGCGCCCCGAAGGAGCUGGUGCACAGGAAGCUGGCUCUGUGGCACCAGCACGGCGUGCUGAGGGAGGAGGCGGGCGGGCGCUACUACGUGGUGGAGACGGGCUCGUCCAAAGAGAAGCUGGAGAGAGGAGUGAUGCUGAUCGACAGCGACGAGGAGAGAGACUCCAACACCACCACCCAGUCGGAGCAGAGGGAGGAGAAGCUGCAGCUGUUCUGGGCCUACAUCCAGGCCAUGCUCACCAACCUGGACAGCAUGGCGCUGGACCGCAUCCACUCCAUGCUCCGGAUGUUCGUCGCCACGGGACCCGUCGUCACGGAGAUGGACGUCAAUGAGCUGGAGGCGUUCCUGCAGAGGAAGGUCAGGGAGCAUCAGCUGACGGUGUCCGCAGGCGUCUACAGACUCCCCAAAUCCAACUGACGGAGGACACACAGCUGGAGUGGGACGCUGCGUUCAGGUGCUGUGGGAGAAGGCAGCUCUCCUCAGCUUUUAGAAAAGGAAUAGAAUUUUCACCAGCGUGUCAAAACUUCUUCCAGCAUCGUUUUAUGAAGACUAUUCCUCUGAACGCUAUGGUUUUUCAAAAUAAAAGCGUUUCCACCCCUCUAAAGGAUCGGUGCAGGUGGAAAUGAAGUCGGUGUGAAGGUUAUUGGCGUUGAACACUUUGUAUUAUAAUUAUAAAAAGCUCUUUAAUGUCUCGUGUGUGUUUGUCUGAACUGAAUCAACCAGGAACUUGUAACAUUUUACUGAUUUUAACUGUUUUUCCACAUAAGAUGAGAUGUUCCUUUAAAGAAUCCUU